GUGCAUGGAUAGACUCAUCAAGGACCAAGAAACAUAUGUGAAGGUCGAUGCCCAACUUGAUGAGUAUAAAUACAAGCGAGGAUUGUUUGGCUUCAGAUCAUCCUUAACAUCAUACUUAACACGUCCACCUGUUGAAUGGUGGGACAACUUUGGAGAUGAAGUUCCAGAACUCAAGUCAUUUGCAACAAGAGUUCUAGGUCUUACUUGUUCAGCAUCGGCAUGUGAACGUAAUUGGAGUACGUUCAAUCAAGUGCACACAAAGAGAAGAAAUCGUCUGAGCACAAAAAAGAUGAAUAGUUUGGUGUACAUUAUGUACAACAAAAAGUUGAAGCACAAAUUUUUUAAGAAACAAUCACGAAGAGAGGAAGAUGAUCCUUUGAUUGUUGAAAAUGUGUCUUCUGAUGAUGAAUGGGUAGCCAAUCCAAAUGAUGAAGAGGAUGGUGAUAGUAGAGCAAUCGAAGUUGGUGGGGAAAUUGAGAUUGAGGAUGAGGGCGGAAGUUUAGCACCGAGGAAGAGGAAAAGAAAUCAAGCACCAAUUGAAGUGAAUUUGGAUGAGGAAGAUGAAUUUGAAGGAGGAGAAGAUGACAGUGAAGAUGGAGAUGAUGGACGAGCUAUACAAUUUCAUGAGAGUGAUGAUGAAGAAAGUGAAGAGUUCUUGGAGAUUUAAUGCAUUUUAUUUAUGAUUUUAAGACUUAUAACUAGAACUUUUAUGACUUUGAUAUGGACUUAUGUGUUGUUUGUUAUGAAUUCUAUGAAUUUUAUGAAAUUUCAUGAAUUUUAGGAUAU